AAUAUGAAGAUCAACCUCCGGAAAAGAUUAGCAGAACCGAUAAAGAUAAACAGGAUUCCAGAAAACCUUCUCAUAAAUUGGAUACCACUACAACAUCGCGGCCAUCAGAAGGCAAAAGCUCCAGUCAUGAUACAGUUAUUUGGGAAAAGGAAACCGAGAUGGUAUCCGCAAGCAAUGUGUCCGAUGAUUUCCCGGGAAAAAUAUAUCACCAGCAGCAUGACACAAGACGAGAUUCCAGAGGAGGCUCCGACAAGAGCUCACAGAAAGACCAAAUAAAGAAGACGUUUCUCGAGAAGCUAAUGGCUAUAGAUGUGACUGCAAGACACAUUUGUUCUCCAGGUGAAGAUACAGACACAUAUUUCGACUUUAACAAAGAGGAGUCCGAUGUUUUUAUGGAUUCUGAUGCCUACACUCCUCUGGAUGUCUUGUGUGAUGUUCUACAUGACUCAGAUACCCUCCUCCAACAAGAGAUUGUCUCUAAAAUGUCAAUGUGCCAGUUUGCCAUCCCCCUGCUGCUCCCUGCUGCUGACGGAUCACACUACACCUUCAUCCUGUGGGCAAUGAGAGACAUUGUGAAGAGGUGGAGACCACGGUCAUUAGUGGACAGCACAGGGUUUAAAGAAGACAACUUAGUUGAUAUUGCAAUGCCCGCUUUCUCCUUCGUCAGACUAGGGAAAUGCAGCAUAUCAAAAUCAAAGCUUCUAAAUCAAGUUUUGAGCCCGCCUGAGUUCAUUCACAAUUAUUUUGUCCAUGGGGACAUGCCUGGGGGAAAUGUCCAACGCAAGCGCUCAGAUGGUCUGGUGGAAAUGUCUUGCUAUUUUCCAGCAGGACACGGACACUCAGAUAUUUUCCCAGAUCCUGUAACUGUCAUUAACCUGAGAGGGGACCUCGAGUGUCAUUUGAAACAGUUUAAAUUAUUGUCAAGCGUAUCAUUGGCUGUAUUUGUGUUUAUUGAGAGUAUAAAUGAGGAGCAAUAUAGCCUGUUAUCGAAUGUGGUAGGCCAAAACCCAAAGUUCUUCUUUAUUGUGAACUUAAGAGGAGGGGGCAGUGAUGCAGUUAUUCUUGAAUUCCUUAGACAUUUGUCAACAACACAUAACCUAAAGAAAGAAAACUUUAUUGUUAAAAACAAGAGGGUCAAUGACACACAAGUAGUCAAGAAUUUACAAUCAAAGUUAAAAGUACUGAUAGCAAAUACUCCGAAAGAGUCUACUCUAGAGGAAAUAGCUGACAAAGCUAUGGAAUUAAAAUUUGAGAUUGAUGAGAAUUUUAAGGGAUGUCAGGAAGCAAAAAAUGCUGCAAAGGCGAUCACAAGUAAGAUAAAGAACGUUCUGGAUUAUAAAAAGCAAACAAUGAAACUACAAGGUGAUCUUUGGAAACAGCUUGCUAAAUGCGAGAAGGAAUUAUGCAGAAUGAGAAAACUAGAGGACAGAGACGUGGAAGAAUACAGGUCACAGCUUCAGGGGGAAAUUGCCGAGCUCCGUGAGCAGCAAAGUAAACAAGAACUGGCGUAUGGUGUGGAGCAAUUUCGGGAAGCCCUAAAAAUGUUUACUCCAACAAAGCGGAAGGUUUUCCUGAAAUGGCUGAAAAUACAACUGGACAAAGUUGGGAGACGGCAGUUAGCAUUGUUAAAUAAUGAAUACCGGGAGCUGUUGACAGAUGGGACUUCGAAUGCAAACGACCUCAUGGAAAUCGAUCAGAAAAUAGCUGAUAGUUCACUGGGUGUUGAACAUUUUAUCCGCGAGUUGGGGCAGUUUUAUGAAGUAAAAUAUUCUGUAGGGAAACAAACAAUAUCGAAGAGUCUCCCAAAAAUAGCUGCUGAUAUGUUGUUGGAUGGGUUCCCACUGGAACUGAUAGAUGGAGAUGCCUCCAACAUACCCCUGCAGUGGAUGACUGAUGUCCUGAGUGAGCUAGAAGCCAAAACAGGCAGAAACUGCACAGUUAGAGUAAUCACUGUCUUGGGAGUGCAAAGUACAGGCAAGUCCACCCUUCUGAACACUAUGUUUGGUUUGCAGUUUCCUACAUCCAGUGGACGUUGUACCAGAGGAGCCUUCAUGACUCUCCUUGAUGCAAAAAAGAGCUUUGAAGAGGAUCUGGGCUGUGACUACGUUAUGAUCAUUGACACUGAAGGUCUAAAAUCCAUGGAACUAGCUUCUCUUGAGGGCAGUUACGAACAUGACAAUGAAUUGGCUACAGUAGUGGUUGGGUUGAGUGAUAUCACCAUAAUUAACAUGGCCAUGGAAAAUACAGAAGAGAUGAAAGACAUACUACAAAUCGUGAUCCAUGCCUUCCUUCGGAUGAAGGAAGUAGGGAAGAAGUCCAGCUGCCAAUUUGUGCAUCAGAACGUGAGCGACGUGUCUGCUCAUGUGAAAAACCGCAAGGCCAGAGAGAAAUUUCUUGAACAGCUGGACGAAAUGACCAAAGUAUCUGCAAGGAUGGAGAAAAAAGGUGGUAUCACGGCCUUCUCCGACAUCAUACACUGCGACAUCGAGAGUAACUCCUGGUAUAUUCCCGGCUUGUGGCAUGGCAUUCCACCUAUGGCUUCCAUUAACUAUGGCUACAGUGAAAAUGUUCAGGAGCUAAAAAAAUCCAUAGCUGGGUAUCUAAAGACUAUGCCAGGAAAGCCACAAAACAUCAUAGAGUUCACAGAGUGGAUGAGAAGUUUGUGGAAUGCAGUGAAACAUGAAAAAUUUGUCUUCAGUUUCAGAAACCGUUUGGUCACUGAGGCCUACAACCAACUUUGCAUUGAGUACUCAGACUGGGAAUGGAGAUUCCAGAAAAAAAGUCACAACUGGAUGAUUAACACAGAAACUCAGAUCUUUAACCUAUCAGCUGAUCGGUUGGGAACUGAAACCUGGGACAAGAUUCAGAAUGAGAUGAACUCUUUAUUGGACGGAGAAGAGCAGGUCAUGGCUAGAUCUCUAGAAAAAUACUUCAUGGAAGAUUGUGAUAAUGCCCAUCUUUUGGAGAUGUUUAAAGGCGACUUUUUCCAAAGCAUUAAGUAUCUCAGGAAAAACCUUCAAUUUGUUCUUCUUGGCAAAUGCGAUCGGACAAUCCAAAUUCAAAAAGAGAAAUGCCAGAUCCAAGCUCUGCAAGAGAGAUAUAUCAGCAUAUUAGAAGAAAGAGUCUCCAACAUUAUGGACAAAAUAAGAAAGGAUCAGUAUUUAGUCAAUGCUGAACAGUUAAAGGAAGAAUUUGAGACCAUAUGGGAGAAAGCAACGUCUACAUUACCCAAGUUAAAACAAAAAAGGAACAUUGACCUGGAAAUCCUCCAACAGCUGAAACGUGACAUGCAGUGUGAUGACAGUAUAGUUGUUCAGAAGCUAGAUGAUCUUACAAGUCUUAAUCAAUAUAGAGGAGAGGGAUUCCACAUGAAUGGCAAAUAUCUCCAAGGAGAUAGCAGGGCAGAAUGGGUUUUUGCAGACGGUCUAGCCUCCUCUGUACAGAGAAAAUGUGCAGAGAAAGUAUCAGAAAUUGCCAAUUCCCAGAAGGACUUUCAUGAAAUUUAUUCUCUGGAACUGCUGAAAAUGAUAAAUAAGGACCUCCGCGGACGUGACAUUGAAAACCUUCGCACCACCAAACUGUUUGAGCUGGACCUUAAGCUUUGUGUUUUAGGAAAAGCGGCUGAGACAUUUCAGAAGAGGCACGACGACUUUGUCCGGAGCAAUGACCCACGGAGCUACCUGGAGGAGAUGAAACCUCAGUACUUCUCCAUGUUCAACAACAUGUUUGAAAAAAGGAAUGAAUGUCAGAGAAGGGCGAAACAAUUCUGCAUGGUGUGUUUAAAACCAGCCAUCCUGGACCACAUCAACAGGCACCUGGGCAAAGAGAUAGUGCAUGAUAUUCUCCAGAAAAACGGCCCUCGGGAAUUUAAGAGUCGGAAAAUCCUACAACGGGAGGUGCUUGAAAGAUUGCUUGUUAAUGGCUCUUUGGACCAAUAUGUGGAAUACGUCAACAACUACGAGGGUUUCAUGAAAAGAUGGAUCUCACAAUACCUCAGUGAGCAUUAUAAAGGCCAGGAUACCAUUUGUUUAUUGCAAAAAGGUAUUUUGCAAUCUCUUAUGGUAAAAAUUGAACGAGCUCUUAAUGAUAAAAAAACUCUUCAAGCCAAGACUAUAUUGGACUACUUGGUUGGAUUUUGUAACGUUUUGAAGAAGGAACUUGUCAUUCCGCAGAACACUACAAAAGUUGUCAUUUUCCAAAGUGAUGUGAUAUAUAUUAAGCAGUUUGCACGCGAUGUUGCGUUGUACCUACCUGACUUGGAAAAACUGAUGGAACAAGACAUCACCUCACUGAACACUGAAACAAUAUUUUUACAGUUGACGUUGAAACCUCAGGAUGAAUUGUUCAGGAAGGUGAUGGGGUGUGGCAAGCAGUGCCCAUUCUGUAAAGCUCCCUGUGAAGCUGUAGGAGAAGAUCAUAAAGAACAUUUUGCAUCUGUCCAUAGGCCGAGAGGGCUGGCCCAACAUGUCAAUGAAGAAACAAAUGCUCUCGACCAUUCCAUAUGCUCCUCCAACGUCCUUUCUAACAAGAGUUUUAGGAAUGCGGACACAGAAGGGAAACCCCACCCAUACAAAGAUUACCAGAAAUAUUACCCAGACUGGGCUAUCUACCCCGACACAACUGCCGACGGCUCAGACUACUGGAAGCUUGUUUUUAAGGAGUUCAAUCAGUCACUUGCUGAACUGUAUAAUGCCAAUCCAGCCAACAUUCCGCACGACUGGUACAAACUAACAAAGGACCAAGCUCUCAAGAGCCUGCAGAAAACAUUAUAGUGAGCC